UAAUAAUUUAUUAUAUUUUCAGCUCAGUUUUUGCUAUAAUACGCCUGGGUUGGCCUCUUCUUUAGCUGCUUUGAGAUUCAAAAGGUGAAGAAGAAUCAUAAUUAAGAGCUCUCUUAUCUAAGAUUUUUCCAUGGCACCAAGCUUUCCUUAAUUCUCUCUCUCUCUCUCUCUCUAUAUAUAUAUAUAUAUGUAUGUAUUUCUAUGUAUCUAUAGUCUAUAGAUGCAUAUGUCCAUAAAUCUUGUUAAGCUCCUUCAAGCUGUUUCCAUGGCGGAUCUCUCAUUGGCCUGAAAAUAGUUAGAUAUCGAGUCUCGAAUCGAUAUGGUUCGAAUUACAAAGAGAAAGGACUCGCCGGACUCGUCCGAGUCGAAUUCCUUUUUGCCAUUUCCGGACGAGGUCUUGGAGCCAGUUUUGUCCCUUGUGAAGUCACACAAAGAUCGGAGCUCAGUCUCACUUGUGUGCAAAGAUUGGUACAACGCCGAGCGAUGGAGUCGGACUCAUGUAUUUAUCGGCAACUGUUAUUCGGUAUCGCCGGAGAUUGUUGCCCGGAGGUUUCCGAAGAUUCGGAGCGUGACCCUGAAAGGGAAGCCCCGGUUUUCGGAUUUCAAUUUGGUUCCGCAGGAUUGGGGAGCUGAUAUUCACUCUUGGCUGGUGGUGUUCGCGAGGGCUUACCCUUUUCUUGAGGAGUUGAGGCUGAAGAGGAUGGCAGUGAGUGAUAAGAGCUUGGAGUUCCUGGCGACAUCCUUUCCCAAUUUCCGAGCUCUUUCGCUCUUGAGCUGUGAUGGGUUCAGCACUGAUGGCCUUGCUUCUAUUUCAACUCAUUGCAAGAACUUGACUGAGCUUGACGUACAGGAGAAUGGCAUGGAAGAUUUUGGUGGAGGUUGGUUAAGUUGCUUUCCUGAAAAUUUCACAUCAUUGGAAGUAUUGAACUUUGCUAGCCUGAGCAGUGAUGUCAGUUUUGAUGACCUUGAAAGACUUGUUACUAGGUGUAAGUCAUUAAGCGUUUUGAAGGUUAAUAGGAAUAUCACCUUGGAACAAUUACAAAGACUGCUUGUGCGGGCCCCUCAGCUCACUGAGCUUGGUACUGGCUCCUUCCACCAAGAGCUCACGCAUAGGCAGUAUACAGAGCUUGAAAGUGCGUUCAGCAACUGCAAAAAUCUACACACCCUCUCAGGUUUAUGGGAAGCCACUUCCCUCUAUCUCCCAGUUUUAUACCCUGCCUGUGCCAGUCUGACUUUCUUAAAUUUGAGCUAUGCAACUCUGCAAACUGGUGAAUUCACUAAGCUUCUUGCUCAAUGCCCAAAUCUGCGGCGUCUCUGGGUCAUGGACACGGUGGAAGACAAGGGGCUGGAGGCUGUUGGAACUAGUUGCCCGUUGCUUGAAGAACUCCGUGUCCUCCCUGCAGAUCCUUUUGACCAGGAUAUUCCCCGUGGGGUGACUGAGUCAGGUUUUGUUGCUGUGUCAUAUGGAUGCCACAAACUCCGCUAUGUUCUCUAUUUUUGUCGGCAGAUGACUAAUGCUGCUGUGGCAACCAUAGUGCAGAAUUGCCCUGAUUUCACUCAUUUCCGCCUCUGCAUAAUGAACCCGGGCCAGCCAGAUCAUCUCACGGAUGAACCAAUGGAUGAGGCUUUUGGCGCAGUGGUAAAGACUUGCACCAAACUUCAGAGGCUUGCAGUUUCAGGCCUGUUGACGGAUCUGACAUUUGAGUACAUUGGGAAGUAUGCCAAAAACCUAGAGACACUAUCAGUGGCAUUUGCUGGCAGCAGUGACUGGGGGAUGCAAUGUGUGCUAGGAGGUUGCCCAAAGCUGAAGAAGCUUGAAAUUAGGGAUUGCCCUUUCGGGAAUGCAGCACUACUCUCAGGUUUGGAGAAGUAUGAGUCAAUGCGCUCACUCUGGAUGUCAGCUUGCAAUGUGACAAUGAAUGGGUGUAGACUACUGGCAAGGGAAAUGCCAAGGUUGAAUGUUGAGGUAAUAAAGGAUGAUGAAAGUGAUGACAGUCAAGCAGAUAAAGUUUACGUUUAUCGUUCUGUAGCCGGGCCAAGAAAGGAUUCUCCACCUUUUGUUCUCACUCUCUGAAGUUAAAAGAAAAAGAUCUUGGUUUCAUAGUGGAUGAUCAACUCACUUGUGGCUACUCGGGUUGACAGUUCAUAUGACUCAAUGGAAUAACGGGUGGAAGAGAGGAAGAGAGAUUCGGGACUGGGAAACCUGUCUUUCGGCUGCUGCUUCUUUAUGUAGCAACCCUGGAAACCAAGGAAGCAAGAGAGGAAAAAACUUGUGCCUUUGCAGCCUUCAAGUUUGGGUACAAGUUUGCCUCGGCAGUUAAAACAAUUGCUGCAUCCUGAAAACGAAGAAUGCAAGGCUGUGGAUGCAGACAUAGAUGAAACAACCAUGGCAGUUGGCACAAUGCAUUGCCACCCAGUUCCAUUGAGAUCCUGCGUCUCCUUGAUGUGUUGCUGUAUGUUGAAGUGCUUUCCUGAUGCAUUUUUUGAAGCAUUUCAGUCAUCAGCGACCGUUUGCCUUCUAAACUGGUAAGACGGAGAAGGAACUGGAGGAAUCUUUCUAUCAAAAGCUGGUGAAAGGAGCAAUGCGUGGUAACGGGCACCAUACUGAAAUGGGCACAAAUUGGUUGGGUGCCGUGGCUUAGUCCCGGAAUUCUGAAUCCUGGAGUGGUCAUUGAAUGGUGCCGUGGACUGAUGCUAUGUAAGUUGUCCGAUGCUAUGUUGUGCAGGGACUGUAUGGCAAGUUGGAUAUUGAAUUGUUUGUUAUCCUUUGCAUUUUAUCUCUUCUCAGUGAUGCAAUUUCAUAUACAAUGUGAUGAUGCAAAGCCAACUGAGGUUUUUCAAUAAUAAUAUGGUUUCCUGGGUUGUUAUUA